GCCACGGGAGGAAGUUUCCUGAAGUUGUCGCUUUAUUCCGGAGCCCGGCCCGCGACCCGGUCAGAUCGGUGAGGCCGCCUUGCCCGGUAGAAGAAGUCGGAGUUGGGGUGCCAAGCGGGGUGGUGCCCCGAGACCGAGAGCGGCUUCAUCCUCCUCUUUGCUCGCCCCUCGCCUUCCCGGAGCGCCGCGGGGAUCGGACUUGUACUAAAGAAGAGGAGGAAGGGUUGGGGUCGCCAGCGUCUCCCCUCCCCGGCGGAUACCGCUCCGGGCCGGAGCCGCGUAGACAGCCUCCCGGGACGUAGCCACGGGGUACCGGACCUCACCAGGAUUAUAAAACUGUUCGGAAGACCAAUCCCCCGAAGAAAACGCUGGUUGCCAUGUGGGGACCACUGAUCUGGACUCUGCUGGCCCUGCACCAGAUCCGCGCGGCCGGAGCCCAAGAUGACGUGGCCCCCUACUUCAAGACGGAGCCGGUGCGAACACAGGUGCACCUGGAGGGGAAUCGCCUGGUACUCACGUGCAUGGCCGAGGGCAGCUGGCCACUGGAGUUCAAGUGGCUCCACAACGACAGGGAGCUGACCAAGUUCUCUCUGGAGUACAGGUACAUGAUCACCAGCCUGGACCGCACCCACGCCGGCUUCUACCGCUGCAUCGUGCGUAACCGGAUGGGCGCUCUGCUGCAGCGGCAAACCGAGGUCCAGGUGGCCUACAUGGGGAGCUUUGAGGAAAGUCAGAAGCACCAGAGCGUCUCCCACGGAGAAGCGGCCAUCAUCCGCGCCCCACGCAUCGCCAGCUUCCCACGGCCGCAGGUGACUUGGUUCCGGGACGGCCGCAAGAUCCCGCCCAGCAGCCGCAUAGCCAUCACCCUGGAGAACGCCCUUGUCAUCCUGUCAACGGUGGCUCCCGACGCAGGCCGCUACUACGCGCAAGCUGUUAAUGACAAGAAUGGGGAUAACAAGACCAGCCAGCCCAUCGCGCUCGCCGUGGAGAAUGUAGGGGGCCCCGCAGACCCCAUCGCUCCAACCAUCAUCAUUCCUCCCAAGAACACCAGCGUGGUGACCGGGACCUCGGAGGUGACCAUGGAGUGCGUGGCCAAUGCCAGGCCCCUGAUCAAGCUGCACAUCACUUGGAAGAAGGAUGGGGUGCUGCUGUCCAGCGGCAUCAGCGACUACAACCGCCGGCUCACCAUCCCCAACCCUACGGGCAGCGACGCCGGUUACUACGAGUGUGAGGCCAUCCUUCGCGGCAGCAGUGCCGCCUCUGUCGUCCGUGGCGCCUACCUGUCUGUGCUGGAACCACCUCAGUUUGUCAAGGAGCCAGAGAGACACAUCACAGCAGAGAUGGAGAAAGUGGUGGACGUCCCCUGUCGGGCCAAAGGUGUGCCGCCACCCUCCAUCACCUGGUACAAGGACUCGGCCGUGGUGGAGGUGGGGAGGCUAAGCCGCUUCCGGCAGCGAAGCGACGGGGGCCUGCAGAUCAGCGGGCUAGUGCCCGACGACACCGGCAUGUUCCAGUGCUUCGCCCGCAACGCGGCCGGCGAGGUGCAGACCUCCACCUACCUGGCCGUCACCAGCAUCGCCCCCAACAUCACCAGGGGCCCCCUGGACAGCACGGUGAUUGACGGCAUGUCAGUGGUGCUGGCUUGUGAGACUUCGGGGGCACCCCGGCCGGCCAUCACUUGGCAGAAAGGGGAGCGCAUCCUGGCCAGCGGCUCAGUCCAGCUGCCUCGCUUCACGCUCCUGGAAUCCGGCAGCCUGCUCGUCAGCCCCACGCACACCUCCGACGCCGGCACCUACACCUGUUUGGCCACCAACUCUCGGGGGGUCGACGAAGCCUCGGCCGACCUGGUUGUGUGGGCCCGGACCCGCAUCACCAAGCCCCCCCAGGACCAGAGCGUCAUCAAGGGAACCCAGGCCUCCAUGAUGUGUGGAGUGACCCACGACCCCCGAGUGACUGUCAGGUACGUCUGGGAGAAGGAUGGGGCCACACUGAGCGUGGAGGGCAACCCCCGCAUCCGUCUGGACAGAAACGGCUCCCUGCACAUCUCGCAGACGUGGUCCGGGGACAUCGGCACCUACACCUGCCGGGUGCUCUCAGCCGGAGGCAACGACUCUCGCAGUGCCCACCUGCGUGUGAGGCAGCUGCCUCAUGCCCCUGAGCACCCAGUGGCGACUCUCAGCGCCGCGGAGAGAAGGGCCGUCAACCUGACGUGGGCCAAGCCCUUCGACGGCAACAGCCCGCUGAUCCACUACGUCCUGGAGAUGUCGGAGAACAAUGCCCCCUGGACGGUGCUCCUGGCCAGCGUGGACCCCGAGGCCACCUCGGUGAUGGUCAAGGGCUUGGUUCCCGCACGUUCCUACCAGUUCCGUCUUUGUGCCGUCAACGACGUGGGGAAAGGACAGUUCAGCAAAGACACAGAGAGGGUCUCCCUUCCUGAGGAGCCCCCCACGGCCCCUCCACAGAAUGUCAUCGCCAGCGGCCGGACCAACCAGUCCAUCAUGAUCCAGUGGCAGCCACCUCCCGAGAGCCACCAGAAUGGCAUCCUUAAGGGCUACAUCAUCAGGUACUGCCUGGCCGGGCUGCCUGUUGGGUACCAGUUUAAGAACAUCACGGAUGCUGAUGUCAACAACCUGCUGCUGGAGGACCUCAUCAUCUGGACCAACUACGAGAUCGAGGUGGCCGCCUACAACAGCGCCGGACUGGGUGUCUACAGCAGCAAAGUCACCGAGUGGACACUGCAGGGAGUGCCCACGGUCCCUCCGGGCAACGUGCAUGCAGAAGCCACCAACUCCACGACCAUCCGCUUCACCUGGACUGCCCCCAGCCCCCAGUUCAUCAACGGCAUCAACCAGGGCUACAAGCUGAUGGCCUGGGAGCCAGAGCAGGAAGAGGAGGUUACCAUGGUGACCGCCCGGCCCAACUUUCAAGACAGCAUCCACGUGGGCUUUGUGUCGGGCCUGAAGAAGUUCACUGAGUACUUCACCUCAGUGCUGUGCUUCACCACCCCCGGCGACGGGCCUCGCAGCACCCCGCAGCUGGCGCGCACCCACGAGGACGUGCCAGGGCCCGUGGGACACCUGAGCUUCACUGAAAUCCUGGACACCUCGCUGAAGGUCAGCUGGCAAGAACCAGGGGAGAAGAACGGCAUUCUCACAGGAUAUCGGAUCUCCUGGGAGGAGUAUAACCGGACCAACACCCGCGUGACGCACUACCUACCCAACGUCACCCUGGAGUACCGCGUCACGGGCCUCACCGCGCUCACCACCUACACCAUCGAGGUGGCCGCCAUGACCGCCAAGGGCCAGGGCCAGGUGUCUGCCUCAACCAUCUCCUCCGGGGUGCCUCCAGAACUCCCAGGAGCCCCCACCAACCUGGGCAUUUCCAACAUCGGCCCCCGCUCCGUGACCUUGCAGUUCAGGCCAGGUUAUGAUGGGAAGACCUCCAUCUCCCGCUGGCUGGUGGAGGCCCAGGUGGGCGUGGUCGGGGAGGGAGAGGAGUGGCUGCUGAUUCACCAGCUCCCCAACGAGCCCGACGCCCGGUCCAUGGAGGUGCCCGACCUGAACCCCUUCACCUACUACAGCUUCCGCAUGCGCCAGGUGAAUAUCGUGGGCACUAGCCCACCCAGCCAGCCUUCCAGAAAGAUCCAGACCCUCCAGGCGCCCCCUGACAUGGCCCCGGCCAACGUGACGCUGCGCACGGCGAGUGAGACCAGCCUGUGGCUCCGCUGGGUGCCUCUCCCAGAGAUGGAAUACAACGGGAGCCCCGAGUCGGUGGGCUACAAGAUCAAGUACAGCCGGGCGGACGGCCACGGCAAGACGCUGAGCCACGUGGUCCAAGACCGCGUGGAACGGGAGUACACCAUCGAAGACCUGGAGGAGUGGACGGAGUACCGCGUCCAGGUGCAGGCCUUCAACGCCAUCGGGAGCGGGCCCUGGAGCCAGACGGUGUUGGGCAGGACCCGGGAGUCAGUGCCGUCCUCGGGCCCCACCAACGUGUCUGUGCUGGCCACCACCUCCAGCAGCAUGCUGGUUCGCUGGAGCGAAGUCCCAGAGGCCGACCGCAACGGGCUGGUGCUGGGCUACAAGGUGCUGUAUAAGGAGAAGGACUCAGACUCCCAGCCCCGGUUCUGGCUGGUGGAAGGGAACUCGUCACGCAGCGCCCAGCUCACAGGCCUGGGCAAAUACGUGCUGUACGAGGUGCAGGUGCUAGCCUUCACGCGCAUCGGGGACGGCAGCCCCAGCCAUCCUGCCAUCCUGGAGCGGACGCUGGAUGACGUCCCGGGACCACCCAUGGGCAUCCUGUUCCCAGAGGUGAGGACCACCUCGGUGCGGCUCAUCUGGCAGCCCCCAGCCGCCCCCAACGGCAUCAUUCUUGCCUACCAGAUCACACACAGGCUCAACGCCACCACGGCCAACGCUGCCACGGUGGAGGUGCUCGUGCCCAGCGCCCGCCAGUUCACGGCCACCGGCCUCAAGCCAGAGUCCGUCUACCUGUUCCGCAUCACGGCCCAGACCCGCAAGGGCUGGGGAGAGGCCGCCGAGGCCUUGGUGGUGACCACGGAGAAGAGAGACCGCCCGCAGCCCCCCAGCAAGCCCGUGGUGCAGCAGGAGAACGUGAAGGCACGCAGCGUGCUCCUGUCCUGGGAGCCCGGGAGCGACGGGCUGUCCCCCGUGCGCUACUACACCAUCCAGACCCGCGAGCUGCCCAGCGGCAGGUGGGCCCUGCACUCAGCCUCUGUGAGCCACAACGCCUCCGCCUUCGUUGUGGACAGGCUCAAGCCCUUCACGUCCUACAAGUUCCGAGUGAAGGCCACCAAUGACAUCGGGGACAGUGAGUUCAGCAAGGAGUCGGAACCACUGACCACCCUGCAGGCCGCCCCUGAUGAAGCACCCACAAUUGUCUCAGUGACACCGCACACCACCACCUCCGUGCUGAUCCGAUGGCAGCCACCAUCAGAAGACAAGAUCAACGGCAUCCUCCUGGGCUUCCGGAUCCGGUACCGGGAGCUGCUCUACGAGGGUCUGAGGGGCUUCACGCUGCGUGGCAUCAACAACCCGGGGGCCAAGUGGGCAGAGCUCACCUCCUUGUACUCCGUGCGGGACCUGAGCCGGCCCAGCCUCACGCAGUACGAGCUGGACAACCUGAACAAGCACCGGCGCUACGAAAUACGCAUGAGUGUGUACAACACUGCGGGCGAGGGGCCCUCCAGCCCCCCACACGAGGUCUUCGUCGGGGAGGCAGUGCCCACGGCAGUGCCCCGCAACGUGGCUGUCCACGGCGCCACGGCCACGCAGCUGGAUGUGACGUGGGACCCACCCCCGCCGGAAAGCCAGAACGGAGACAUCCAGGGCUACAAGAUUUAUUUCUGGGAGGCCCAGCGGCGGAACCUCACGGAACGGGUGAAGACGCUUUUCCUGGCCGAGAACGGCGUCAAACUCAAGAACCUGACUGGCUACACCGCCUACAUGGUCAGCGUGGCGGCCUUCAACGCCGCGGGGGACGGGCCUCGGAGCACGCCGGCCCGGGGCCAGACCCAGCAAGCAGCCCCCAGUGCUCCCAGCUCCGUCAAGUUCAGUGAACUGACCACCACCUCAGUGAACGUGUCCUGGGAGGCUCCGCAGUUCCCCAAUGGUGUCCUGGAGGGCUACCGGCUGGUGUACGAGCCCUGCACCCCCGUGGACGGAGUCAGUAAGAUCGUGACAGUGGAUGUGAAGGGCAGCAGCCCUCUGUGGCUGAAGGUGAAGGACCUGGCGGAGGGGAUGACCUACAGGUUCCGUAUCAGAGCCAAGACCUUCACCUACGGGCCCGAGAUCGAAGCCAACGUCACCACGGGCCCCGGAGAAGGUGCCCCCGGGCCGCCCGGAGUGCCCAUCAUCGUGCGGUACAGCUCGGCCAUUGCCAUCCACUGGUCCAGCGGAGACCCCGGCAAAGGCCCCAUCACCCGCUACGUCAUAGAAGCCAGACCUUCAGACGAGGGGCUCUGGGACAUCCUCAUCAAAGACAUCCCCAAGGAGGUGACGUCCUACACAUUCAGCAUGGACAUCCUCAAGCCAGGCGUGAGCUAUGACUUCCGGGUCAUCGCUGUCAACGACUACGGCUUCGGCACCCCCAGCAGCCCCUCCCAGUCUGUGCCAGCCCAGAAAGCCAACCCCUUCUACGAGGAGUGGUGGUUCUUGGUGGUCAUCGCGCUCGUUGGCCUCAUCUUCAUCCUGCUCCUGGUCUUCGUGCUCAUCAUCCGGGGCCAGAGCAAGAAGUACGCCAAGAAGACAGACUCGGGGACCAAUCCCAAGUCUGGUGCCCUGGGCCAUGGGGAGAUGAUGAGCUUGGACGAAAGCAGUUUUCCUGCCCUAGAACUCAACAACCGGCGGCUCUCAGUCAAGAACUCCUUCUGCCGAAAGAACGGCCUGUAUACCAGGUCUCCUCCUCGGCCCAGCCCGGGCAGCCUCCACUACUCCGACGAGGACGUCACCAAGUACAACGACCUCAUCCCAGCCGAGAGCAGCAGCCUGACCGAGAAGCCCUCGGAAAUCUCUGACUCUCAGGGAAGCGACAGCGAGUACGAGGUCGACCCGAGCCCCCAGAAGGCCCACUCUUUUGUCAACCACUACAUCAGUGACCCCACCUAUUACAACUCGUGGAGGCGGCAGCAGAAGGGGAUCUCGCGGGCCCAGGCCUACAGCUACAUGGAGAGCGACCCGGGCGAGCCAGACCCCACCGCCCUGUCCAACGGCAGCAGCGCCCAGCAGGGCAGCCUCUUUCGGCCCAAGACCAGUCGGACCCCAACGCCCCAAAACCCCCCGAACCCCCCGAGUCAGCAGAGCACCCUCUACCGUCCCCCCAGCAGCCUCGCCCCUGGCUCCCGGGCUCCUAUAGCAGGAUUUUCAUCAUUUGUUUGAUGUCAUCCUCGUUGUCGGAAGAGGAAAAAGAAAGAAAACACAGCACCAAACUCCCCUUCCGCCCCUCCUCGCACCGCCUGCCAGAAAAGAGAAACACCAAGAAACCAAGUCAACUUUUCACCUCCUGAGUUUAUUUUUCCAGAGAUUCCAGGGCCAGCAAAGCCGGUGUUGAGAAGGAUGGAGAAAAACCACGAGAGGACGUGUGUGGCUUCGAGACUGUGGGGUUUGCUGCUCCUUCGGGGGGCUGAGCAGAGUAGGGGGGCUGGCUGCGGUGGACACGAGUGGGUUGGGCCCCUGGAGAGAGAGGGAGGGAGGGAGGGAGGGAAGGCAAAGCCUGGAGGGCUGUAAGGCGGGCGUGGCUGGCGGUGGUGAAGAAACUUCUGGACGUCCAGCCGGCUGCUCCCUUCCGGCAUGUGCUGGAGCCCUGGGCCUGCUGCUGCCUAGUGCUGCGCCGGGAUGGGCGUCCCUGAGGGCAAAGCUCCCCUCCCCCCUGCACCCACACUCCCACCCCACCCUGUGCAGCCCUGCUUCUCACCCUCCACUGCCCCCUCCCUGUUCAAUGUCCCCACCAAGCAUUUGGUUUAUGUAGAAAAACGAACCCAGCUGAAGGAUGAGAGUUUGCCUAGCUAGCUCCUUUGCUCCUAACAGACUUCUCUGUUGUGAACCCAAGGAAGAGGGCCCCUGGGGGUUGGGGAGAGGUCCCCCUGCCACUGAACCCAGCCAUCCCUUUCCUUGAAUUCACUUUCCUGAGCACAGACUAGGAGAGAUGAACUUGGGGAACAGAGAUGGGGGCACUGGCCCGGCAACACUGGGAUAACUGGGCGUAAGGCAGAAUUCGGAACCGGAAGGAGGAAGCUUGGACUUUUCCUUUUCUUCCAAUUCAGGUACCACCUGACCCCCUUCUUACAGGGAGAGGGAAAAGGGAAUUACAGAGACAAGGAAAGUCAGCUUCUGUGGGGCUGAGGGGCUAAAUGGGGGUGAGUCAUCGCUGUGGCAGACACGCCCCUCUCCCUGGAUAGACACCUUCACGCACACAAACACGCAUAUGCACACACACACACCCAUGCACUGGCAAGGAAAAGGGUCCAGAGAUCCUCUCCAAGGGAAAUCCCUUUGGGUCCUCCUAGCCAGCAGGACACUCAUUUUCAGAUCUGUGUCUCUCGUUCUCAACCCAUAGCCCUCUGUGUCUAAGACCCCUGCCUCCUAAGUCCAGGGGCCCAGAGGGGCGGGCCAAGUCUCCGGUCCCGAGGCUGGAUCUCCCAGCACCCGAUUUACAAGUCAAAGACCAUCCCAACCCCCAUUAAUGUCUUCCAGACUCGGCUCAGCUUGCCAGAGCUCAGAGCGAGGAGGGGCCCCAUCCAAACUGAACACAAGCUUACAAGAUGCACAGCCAGGCUGGCCGGGAGGAGCAGGUCAGAUGGGACCAAGGGGCAAUUAUACUGUUGGGAGACAGAGCUUUAAAAAGCUCCUUCUGGCGGCCUGCAUCUUCCCAUCAACUCAGACCUUCCGGAUGCAGGAGUUUAAGGGGGAGCCUUUCCAACUAGUGCCCUGGGUGCCCACCGGCCCUGCAAAGCAGCCCAUCCCCCAGGGUCGGGGCCGGGCCCCUGCCUCUGGAAGAGAGGAUGGCCCGGCUGGGGCACAUUUAGUGCAUCUCGGGGCCCCUUAGUGGCGCAGGGCUCCCUGGAGGCGCCAAGCGUGGGCACUGCUGCCCUGCCUGGGAGGAGGUGAUGCCCCAUUUUGAGGGGUAAGGAGAACAGUGGAGGAUUUGGGAAACAAGCCAAGGAAAGAGUGGGCCUAUACCCCUCCCCACCACCCCGAAUCAGGUUCCUGGGGUGGCAGCAGGGCCAGGGGCCUGAGGAAAGGGCACACCCAACUCUGGGCUCCCAGGCACUGGGAUCCCCCGAAACGUGAUGGGGAGAAGUUGGAAGAUGGCUCCGUAGACGGGCUGACCCGGCUCCGAGGUCCAAACAGCAGCUUCUCCACUAAGGGGUUCUAGAAAGGGAAGCACAGUCUUUCCCCUGUAGGAGGACACAGGCCUGAGGUUCUGCCCCUGUACACAUCUGGCGUCUCCCUAGGGGAACGUGCACAGCUGCGGGGCAUGUGGUGGUGAUGCUGCUUUGUCUUUCCUUAUCUCUCUCUCUCCCCUCACCCCCCCCCCCAAACAGUCUCAUCCUUUUCUCUAUCUGCUGUGUGUUGAACCAUUUAAAGCCCUUCCCGGUUCGGUGUUUGUUGCGUAGCCCAGGGAGGGAUGUGGGAGGAGGAAGCGGGGGUCAGUAGAAACGCUCUGUACGCGUGUAUGUAUUUCACGAGGCCAAAUUCCCUUUGCCUUCUGUGAAUCACCUUGUGCAUUAAGAUGCCUGCCCUCCCCUCCCCACGUGCUCCUUCACACCCAUACUGACACACACACACACACCUGGGCUCGUGCACACACACGCCGAUAUACACAGAAUGCACAGCGUCCGUGUGUCCGCAGCCCCCUCGGAGGGCUGACGCCGUCUCCUGUGUGGGGCACAGGCAGCCUGAGUCACUCCCACAUGUGGGGCGGGCUGGGUUCUGUUGUCUGAAAGGGCAGAGCUCUUAGAGGAGCUGGGAAGGCGGGCCGGGCAGAAGUGAAAGUCCCAGCCUCAGUCCAUCCCCACCCACCUGAAAUGGAGUCUCCACUGCCCCAGCCACAUCUGGAAGCCCAGGUCCCCAGCUGUGGACCUCUGGAUUUCUAAGAGGACAUCUCUUUGCCCUUGUUUACAUACCUGCUGGGGCAGCGGAGGCUCCCGACCGCCGCCCAGACGCCUGGCUGCUUUGGAAAGGUGCGUGGGCACUGCCCACGGGGCACAGGGAGCCUCCCUGACCUUUGGUUUCUUGGGCCAGUGAUGCCAGGGCCCGUGUUUGUGUGACGCCACCUGAAGCGGGUUCACAUCAGGACACUCGCUCGCUGGCUCCUUCGGCUUUGCCUCGCCGUGCCCUCGGGAAGUCUGGUGUUGCGCCUCGCAGCGCACACUUGGCACACCAGGGCUGCCUUUGCCCUCCUGGCCACACCUUCCUGUGUUCACAUCAGCUCCACACCCAGACUGCCAAGGUGAACCAAAAAGCUGCUCCGGGUUCCAGAAGCACCUUCCUCCCAGGGCUCCAGGGAGUUUGCAAACACAGGCUGCCUCUCCUCCAAUCACCCCACCUGGCACUGCCGUGAUUCAGAGGAAACAGGGAUGCUGCCAGCUGCCCCGCCCUGCGCACGCUGGCUGGAGGCCUUCUGUCUGUCCACACCUCCCUGGGCAGAGCUUUUAAAGGUGCCAGAGCCUCCCUAAAGCCCACUCUGGGCAGAGGCUCCCCUUACCUUCCCAUGGUGCACAUCUGAAGGUGCCCACACUUGGUGAGGGGCUGGAGGGGGAGGGGGGACCAUCUGAACGGCAGCCGUCUGCCCCUGAGUGCCUCUGUGUGGUCCUGGGCAGCGGCAACCCUGACCACCACCUGAGCACAGGUGCCCUCUUGGGACCAACCCCCUUCUCUUUGUUUCUGUAAGAAUAACCAAAAGCAUUUAAAUGUGUUACCUUCUUUUACGCAUAUAGACUCCAAAAACAAGAACCAACACAAAUCUUUAUUUUUUUGAUUUAAAAGAUACAAUGAAAAAUUAUGGGGAGAGUAUUCAUUAUGGCAGGUGUCUGUCUGUAAGAAAAUAUAUAUAUAUAUAUGUCAUAUAGCUUGUUAGCAGGUUUAUUUUUUGAAUGAAAGGUAACAAAAAAAUUGAUUUGAAAUAUAUACCACGAGAAGUCCCAUGUCCUGUCAAACUGGUCAGUAUUUUAUAAAUAAACUUUUUUUUUUUUUUU